GCCGCCGCCGCCGCGGCUGCUGCAGGAGGCGGCGCUGGCUGGCGGCUGCGCUCGCUCCAGUCGGCGAGCGGAGCAGCGAGCGAGCGUGUGUGUGUUUUUUAAAGAUGGCCGGAGCGGCGGCGGCGGUGGCCGCGGGAGCAGCAGCUGGAGCCGCCGCGGCAGCCGUGUCGGUGGCGGUUCCGGGCCGGGCCUCGGCGCCUCCGCCGCCCCCGCCCGUGUACUGUGUGUGCCGGCAGCCGUACGACGUGAACCGCUUCAUGAUCGAGUGCGAUAUCUGCAAGGACUGGUUCCACGGCAGCUGUGUUGGAGUAGAAGAACAUCAUGCUGUUGACAUUGACCUGUAUCACUGUCCCAACUGUGCAGUUUUACACGGUUCCUCCUUGAUGAAAAAGAGGAGGAACUGGCACAGGCAUGACUACACUGAAAUUGAUGAUGGUUCCAAACCAGUGCAAGCUGGAACUAGAACUUUCAUUAAGGAAUUACGCUCUCGAGUCUUCCCAAGUGCCGAUGAAAUAAUUGUAAAGAUGCAUGGCAGCCAGCUGACACAAAGAUAUCUGGAGAAACAUGGAUUUGAUGUCCCUAUUAAUGUCCCUAAAUUAGAUGACCUAGGACUCAGGCUCCCUCCACCUACAUUUUCUGUGAUGGAUGUGGAACGUUAUGUAGGUGGUGACAAAGUGAUAGAUGUCAUUGAUGUGGCGAGACAGGCAGACAGCAAGAUGACACUUCACAAUUACGUUAAAUACUUCAUGAAUCCUAACAGACCAAAAGUGUUAAAUGUGAUCAGCCUUGAAUUUUCAGAUACAAAGAUGUCUGAAUUGGUGGAGGUCCCUGAUAUAGCCAAAAAACUUUCCUGGGUGGAAAAUUAUUGGCCAGAUGAUUCAGUCUUUCCCAAGCCAUUUGUUCAGAAAUACUGCUUAAUGGGAGUUCAAGACAGCUAUACAGAUUUCCACAUUGACUUCGGUGGAACUUCAGUCUGGUACCAUGUCCUCUGGGGUGAGAAGAUUUUUUAUUUAAUAAAGCCAACAGAUGAAAAUUUGGCACGUUACGAAUCUUGGAGUUCAUCUGUGACCCAGAGUGAGGUGUUCUUUGGAGAUAAGGUGGAUAAAUGCUACAAAUGUGUCGUAAAGCAGGGACAUACCUUAUUUGUUCCUACAGGGUGGAUCCAUGCUGUGCUGACUUCUCAGGACUGUAUGGCUUUUGGGGGGAACUUCCUGCACAACCUUAACAUUGGCAUGCAGCUCAGGUGUUAUGAGAUGGAGAAAAGGCUAAAAACACCAGAUCUUUUCAAAUUCCCUUUCUUUGAAGCCAUAUGUUGGUUCGUAGCCAAAAACUUGCUGGAAACCCUGAAAGAACUGAGAGAAGAUGGUUUCCAGCCUCAAACUUACCUAGUACAGGGAGUGAAAGCACUGCAUACUGCUUUAAAAUUAUGGAUGAAAAAAGAACUUGUAUCUGAACAUGCCUUUGAAAUUCCAGACAAUGUUAGACCUGGACACCUUAUUAAAGAACUUUCUAAAGUAAUUCGAGCAAUAGAGGAGGAGAACGGCAAACCAUUUAAAUCUCAGGGAAUUCCUACUGUGUGUCCAGUCUCACGAUCCUCAAAUGAAGCAACUUCCCCAUACCAUUCCCGAAGAAAGAUGAGGAAACUUCGAGAUCAUAAUGUCCGAACUCCUUCCAACCUAGACAUCCUAGAGCUCCACACAAGGGAGGUCCUCAAAAGAUUAGAGAUGUGUCCAUGGGAAGAGGACAUCUUGAGCUCUAAACUGAAUGGAAAAUUCAACAAACAUCUCCAACCAUCUUCCACGGUACCUGAAUGGAGAGCGAAAGAUAAUGAUCUACGAUUACUGCUGACAAAUGGAAGAAUAAUUAAAGAUGAAAGACAGCCCUUUGCAGAUCAAAGUCUUUAUACAGCAGAUAGUGAAAAUGAAGAGGAUAAAAGAAGGACAAAAAAGGCAAAAGUGAAGAUAGAAGAGCGUUCAAGAAUAGAGGGAAUAGAAAAUGAAGAAUCUCAAAAACCACUGAACAGGUUUUUUACACGUGUGAAAUCAGAACUCAGGAGUAGAUCAUCAGGAUAUUCUGAUAUUUCUGAGUCAGAAGACUCCGGACCCGAGUGCACUGCACUGAAAAAUAACUUUACCACUGAAGAGUCUGAAAGUUCAGGUGAUGAAAAGAAACAAGAAAUAACAUCCAACUUUAAGGAGGAAUCUAAUGUGAUGAGGAACUUCCUUCGAAAGAGCCAGAAGCCAUCUAGAAGUGAAAUUCCAAUUAAAAGGGAAUGUCCUACCUCGACGAGCACAGAGGAAGAAGCUAUUCAGGGCAUGCUGUCUAUGGCAGGGUUGCACUAUUCCACUUGUUUACAAAGGCAAAUACAAAGCACAGGCUGCAGUGGUGAAAGAAACUCUCUCCAGGAUCCCAGCAGCUGCCAUAGCAGUAACCCUGAGGUUAGGCAGUUGUAUCGCUAUCAUAAACCAGUGGAAUGUGGAUACCAUGUCAAGACUGAAGAUCCAGACUUGAGGACUUCCUCCUGGAUUAAACAGUUUGAUACUUCCAGAUUUAAUCCUCAGGAUCUAAGUAGAAGCCAGAAAUGCAUCAAAAAGGAAGGUUCAUCAGAAAUUAGUCAGAGGGUACAAAGUAGGAAUUAUGUGGACAGCAGCGGCUCAAGCCUUCAGAAUGGAAAGUAUAUGCAGAAUUCAAACCUGACUUCGGGAACAUGCCAGCUAAGUAACGGCAGUCUAAGCCCAGAAAGGCCAGUUGGUGAAACUUCCUUCUCCGUGCCCCUUCACCCUACCAAGAGACCGGCAUCAAAUCCACCACCUAUCAGCAACCAAGCAACAAAAGGUAAACGUCCAAAAAAAGGAAUGGCAACAGCCAAGCAACGUCUUGGGAAGAUCCUUAAGUUGAACAGAAAUGGCCAUGCACGUUUCUUUGUGUGACAGAGCUGCUGUUGCAGCCAUUCUUCCCUUUGGAGACCAGUCUAGGGGCAGGAGCCUGGAGCUUCCCCUGUCCCCUUCUUGCCUGGAGCAGUUUGUGUGUAUAGUAAGAACACUGCCCGAAGAACAGAAUGAACCUGAUGCUGCAUUUUCACUGUGCCACACCCACUCAGCAAUAACCAUUUUGGACCUGGUGGGGGAGAGGAGGAAGGAGGGUAGAACCUUAAAAAGAGACCUCGAACUGGAAAGGGUCUCUUGUCAGGGCUUGAAUUUUAUUUUGUUGUUGGUAGUGUCUUGAUGUAUUUUCAGUGGUAGGGUAAAGAAUUAUCAAUAAUUUAUUUAACAGAUUUUUUUUAAAAGUUAACAGCUUUUAAAUUCUUUUUUUAAAGCUAUUUAUUUGGAAGAUUUCUGGAGAAAUAUCUCACUAAUUUAGAUGUAAGAAUGUGAAGGUUUUUAAAUUAUUUUUGAUAGUGUGUGUGUUACAUGUGGGGAAGAACCACGGUAACAGUAACUAGUCUGGACUCUUAAAUUUGAUAUUCAGGUUAAAGUCUUAAACAGGGAUUUGAUGCAUUAAUUAUUUUAAAUUAAGAUGUAUAUGAAAAUCAUUUUAUUUUAUAUAUUUCAUGUGUUUUUUAUAAGCUAUUAGCUUCGCUUUUGCUAACAUCCAAGGUGCAUACUGUUAUCCAGGUUGAUUACCUUAUAUCCCACCUUCCCUCUGCACUCCCUAUCAUUUUGUGAUGACCCAGUGAGACUCUUCUCUUUGCAGGGAAAUACUUUCUUAGCCAAUGUAUAAAAAUUCCAUAAAAGAUCCCUCAUUUCUCAUUUCGUUUGACAUUGUGAUUUUCUUCUCAAUAUUAAAAAAAUAGGCUUUUGCAUUUUCAUUUCUGCUGAUGAUAUCUGGGUCCCAAAGAGAACAGCUUUAAUACCUUUUUCCCACUUGUGGGAAAAGUGUUAUAAGUUUGGUUAAAUUGUCAUGUUUAUAGUUUUUCCAAAUACAUUUGUAACUACAACAGGCCUUCUUCGUACUGCUGGUGUUGGACAACAGGACUGACACCUGCUGCGGAGGUUAUAUCUUAUGAUGCUUUUAUUCUCCAUACCUGAUUUGUUGGAAAAUGUUAUUUGACUUAGGAUAUUCAAAUCUGCAUAAUAAGCCGUUAAUAUAAUAGGAUUAAUACUACAUUAAGUUGUAUAGAAGCAAGCAUGUUGGAAUAGCUCUUUUGUGUGUAUUUACUUUUUUUAUUUCUUAAUUUUCAAAGAAUUACUUAAGAUAUGGAUUUGGAGUAAAAUAGGU